AUGGCCGAAAACGUCUGUCCGUCCAAGAGGGCUCAGUCCAGGUCGACUCUUCAUAAGAAGCAAGGAAAUUCGUCAAUCGUUAAAAUUGCAAUGAUGGCACUAUUGCAACGCUUUUACCUCUUGCUAGUGUUCUUGGUAGUAAUCGUAUUAGCCAAGGAUCAGGUUAAUGGAGAUGUGUGGGAAUCAUGUGAAACUUCUGCUUACCCUCCUGAUAAGAAAGACAAGAUCGAAUGGUACCCUGUGAAUUUAGAUAGUGCACCACAAGAGAGAUGGAUGCAACUGGCUUCUAAAAAGAAACAUGAGUUGGCCGGAAUGAUUGGUGUCGUAAAGAAUUUUACUCGAUUCUUCUUCAAGAAUCUCCUUGUUGACUGGGUGGACAAAGAUUGGGGUGCGUUAGCAGACAAAAUCCCUAAACCUUAUUCUGAUGAAAUUAAAGGAAUCGCUAAAGCUGCAAAUAUUCCAUUAGGAGAAAUAGUCCUUUAUAAUAUCUUUUACGAAAUAUUUAGUGUUUGUACAUCCGUUGUUGCCCAGGACAAGAAUGGUAUACUUGUCUUCCAUAAAGGUAAAAUAUAUCAUGCCAGGAAUUUGGACUUUGGGCUCUUUCUUGGGUGGGACUUUAAAAGAGAUACUUGGCUACUUACAGAAUAUCUUCGGCCUUUAGUCGUUAACGUUGACUAUCAGCGAAAUGGUAAAACUGUCUACAAAUCAGUAAGUUUUAUCGGAUACGUAGGAGUACUUACUGGAAUUAAGCCUGGAGUAGCCUCUGUUACUAUCAACGAAAGGUUCAUAAGCGACGGCGGUUACAUCGGUCUAAUUGAAUGGGUACUUGGACUGAAUGAUGCUAAGUUUAUGAGCCUAUUGCUGAGGGAUACACUAGAUAAAGCUAGCAGUUAUCAGGACGCUGUCAACGUAUUAGUUGAGCCACAAUUAAUUGCGCCCGCUUAUUUUAUUGUUGCCGGUACGAAAUCAGGAGAGGGAUGUGUUAUUACCAGAUCUAGAGAGAAAACUGAUAAUAUAAUGAGCUUAAACAUCACUUCAAAUGUAUGGUACGUCGUGGAAACAAAUUAUGAUAACUGGAAUAAGCCGCCAGUCACCGACGACCGAAGGACACCGGCUAAAGCUUGUCUGAACAAAGUUACACAACAGCAUAUCUCAUUACCUAACAUCUAUAACGUACUAUCAACGAAACCAGUCCGCAAUAAGUUAACCACUUAUACCGCCUUAAUGGAACCCUCAACUGGCCAUUUAGAAUCUUAUAGGCGUUAUUGUGCGGAUCCUUGUCCGUUAAUGUAGUAACGAUGUUACUGCAGUGAACAUUUUUAGGCUAGCUAAAGGAUACAUCAAUCGCUUUUACUGUGCGCAAUUAAUUAAUUCAUUAAUUACUGCGUCUGAGAUUCUAGGGAUCGUG